AGGAAUGAGAAAACAUCUGUGUUGGUUGUUGUGUUACAGUUUCACUGUUUUGGUAAGACAGCCCUAAUCACAAAACCCAAUCUCAGCGAUUUUGCGACGAACAACCAUGCGAGGCUUAUUUGGAAUCACAAAAACCUUGUUCAACGGAACUAAAUCUUCAUUCUCACCAUGCAGAAAUCGUGCAUACAGUUUGAUCCCAAUGGUGAUAGAAACCUCCUCAAGAGGAGAAAGAGCUUACGAUAUCUUCUCUCGUCUUCUCAAAGAACGCAUCGUUUGCAUCAAUGGUCCUAUCUCUGAUGAUACUGCUCAUGUUGUUGUUGCUCAGCUUUUGUUUCUUGAAUCUGAAAACCCUUCCAAACCUAUCAAUAUGUAUCUCAAUUCUCCUGGCGGUGCUGUUACUGCAGGGCUUGCAAUAUAUGAUACUAUGCAGUACAUCCGGUCUCCGAUCAACACAAUCUGUUUGGGUCAGGCUGCGUCCAUGGGUUCUCUUCUGUUGUGUGCAGGUGCCAAGGGUCAGAGGCGUGCUCUUCCGAAUGCUACAAUCAUGAUUCACCAGCCUUCUGGUGGGUACAGUGGCCAGGCAAAGGAUAUUGCAAUUCAUACCAAGCAGAUUGUUCGAAUGUGGGAUGCGUUGAAUGAGUUGUACGUCAAGCACACUGGCCAACCACUUGACGUAAUUCAGAAGAAUAUGGAUAGGGAUUACUUUAUGACUGCUGAAGAGGCAAAGGAGUUUGGGAUUAUUGACGAGGUUAUUGAUCAGAGACCUAUGACUUUGGUUUCUGAUGCUGUUGCUGAUGAAGGCAAAGAUAAAGGUUCCAAUUAGAAUUGGAGGGUAAGGUUUCUUUGAAGAUUCCUUGCUGUAUUUAAAUGUUUGCCUGCCACCUUAGGCAUUAGUUGCAGUUGAUAUAAUUUUAUCAAUUGGACAUAAUCUUUGUAAGUUUUCAUUAUUAGAUUUUACCAUUAAGCUUCAGUCUUUGUGCUCAAUUAGGUUUUACAGGCAUAUUUUUGUCACACAGAUUCUGAGCUUUAAGUACUCUUUCUUGAAUAUUCUAAUUAUCCACAAUAAUAUCUGAUGAUUGUUUAA